AGUUUCUCUACCUAUUUUCUGUUCCUCCAAUCGGAGCCAUUCCUAGUUUGAAGACCCUUAAACCCUUUUGAUCCAUUGCUUUCAAUUCUGGUUCAAAUUCACAAAACCCUAAUCCAAAGGUGCAGUCCUACAACCCUUUUUUUGCCUUCUUUCUCUAAGUUUCAUUGAACCAACAAUCCUCUUUUUCUUUUUCUUUUUCUCUCUCUCUUAUGGGUCAAAAACCCAGAAACCAAUGAUGAUUCUGAAGCAAAGUAGGCUCAAAAAACCUAGUGUAAACACAAGGAGAAUGUAUAGCAAUGCAACCAUGCAAACAUUUCCAGUUUUGGCCUAAACUGUUGGCCUUCUUUGUAUUAGUUUUUUGGCCUUUUUUCUGCAGCAUUUGGAAUUGGGAUCUUCAGAGAAGAGCAUUUUAAGAGCUUGGAAUCGAUAUUUAUCGCGCUGUGAAUCGUGUUUUGGAUUGGAAGAUGUAUGGUCUUGGUGGCUCUCAAGCAUCCUUCAGUAAAUUCUCAGAAGAAGUGUUGAGAAAAAGUGGAGAAUUAAUGGCCCCAGAUGUCUAUAAUCAUCAGCACCACCCCCACCAAAACUCAGGCCUAAUGCGGUACCAAUCUGCACCAAGCUCACUUCUUGGGAGUUUUGUUGAUGGCAGCUCUGUCCAUCUUCAGUCUUCAAGCCAUGAAACCGAAACCAUGUUCGCGAGGCUCAUGUCGGGUAGUUCGGAUUCUCAAGGCCUGCAGGGUGUUGGAGCUAUGAAGCAUGAAGAAGAGGUGAUGGUGGAGGGUGUUCCACUGCAGAAUGGAUACUCUAAUGGCUCCCAGAUGAUCUACAACAGCCAGCCAAUGCAAACUAUAUCCGUUCAUAAUUCAGCGAGUCCCCGGACUAAUAUGGAAAGCUCCUUUAUGACUUCCAUGGCCGCUGAGAAUUCUAUGAAAAUCAGGAAUGAAAAUUGUUCCAGUCUUGUUAGGCAGAGCAGCUCCCCUCCUGGACUUUUCCCCAACUUAACUUCUGAAAAUGGAUUUACUCCAACCAGGGAGAUGGGAAACCUUAAAGCAGGCAACAGUACUAAUGUCGAAGCCAAUCCGUCGGUUAGCAGACUGAACAAUCAAAUAAGCUUCUCAUCUGGGUUAUCUUCUUGCAAUGGACUAAUACCUAAAAUCUCCGAAAUCAGAAAUGAAAACAUAGGGCUGCAUAGCCCCAAGGAUGGCAAUAAUGGUAACAGCAGAUGCUACAUUUCUAACUUCACAACAGAUUCCUGGAGUGAUUCUCCCUUCAGUGGUCUGAAAAGAAUGGCUGCUGAUAAUGAUUUGAAGAUGUUUUCGGGUUUAAACAGUUUGGAAGCUCAGAAUGUGGAUUCGCGAUAUCGGUCUCUUGGCUUGACUCACCAUCUGAGCUUGCCUAGAAACUUCCCUCAGAUCACUACUAUAGAGAAGUUUCUGCACUUCCAAGACUCGGUUCCUUGUAAGAUUCGAGCGAAAAGAGGAUGUGCCACCCACCCCAGAAGCAUAGCAGAGAGAGUGAGAAGAACCCGAAUCAGCGAAAGAAUGAGGAAACUGCAGGAGCUUUUUCCCAACAUGGACAAGCAAACAAACACAGCAGAUAUGCUAGAUUUGGCAGUAGAAUACAUCAAAGACCUUCAGAAACAGGUCAAGACACUUAAUGAUACUAAAGUCAAGUGCACAUGUUCCAGCAUAUAAUACUCUGAAUUCCUUCAUGGUCACCGAGAAAAUAGAAAGGACAAGAUGGGAAAAUGGGGAAGAAACCAAAGCUGACGUCUGGGAUUUUAGAUGUAUUGGAAGAAUCGAUAUACAUAUAGUACUGGUAGGAUGAUAAUUAGAAAUUUUAUCGUUUAGAUUUGAAGGAGAAAUGUGCUUUAGCUUUCACUGUAAGACUGAUAUCCAGUGUGAAGUUGAUGAAGCUAAUUAAUGAAAAGUAUGAAUUGCAUAGGAUAUCUUGAAAUUAA